AUAAAUAAAAUAAAUAAAUACGAAAUCUCUCUCUCUCUCUGACACACACACAUCUCACAGCACACAGGUCCCAACUUCUUCGUUCCGUUGUAUUGUGUCUUGCUGUAUUGUGUUGUCUCUCUGUUCUUUUUCCCUUUUCAUUCUCUCACUAUCACGCAAUCCAAUUUUCAAAUUAUCCAUCUUUUACAAAUUCAUUCUGCAUUUUCCAUUCAUUUCUUCCUAAAUCAACAUCACUAAAUGCUUCUUCAUCAUCAUCAUCAUCCUCUUUCAUCAACAACUUAGGGUUUCUCUCCGAUAUUCAAUUUUCUUGCCGAGAUUUUGAGGUUAAACUCAAUCUCCGGCGUCCAUGGCUUCCAACUUAAAUAUGUCCCCUCAGCUCGAACAGAUCCACGGUGAAAUUCGUGACAUCUUCCGAGCCCUUGCAAAUGGCUUCCAGAAGCUGGAUAAGAUUAAAGAUUCCAAUAGACAGAGUAAUCAGCUGGAGGAACUCACUGGGAAGAUGAAGGACUGCAAAAGGUUGAUAAAAGAUUUUGAUCGUGGAAUUAAAGAUGAAGGGGCAGGAAAUCCCGAAGAAGUGAACAAGCAACUGAAUGACGAAAAGCAAUCAAUGAUCAAGGAGCUAAACUCGUAUGUGGCACUGAGAAAAACGUACAUGAAUACCAUUGGUAAUAAAAAACUUGAACUUUUUGACAUGGGAGCUGGAGCAAGUGAACCUUCAGCUGGAGCAAAUGUUCAACUGGCAUCAGAAAUGUCAAAUCAAGAACUUGUCGAUGCUGGGAUGAAGACAAUGGAUGAGACUGAUCAGGCUAUUGAGAGAUCCAAGCAGGUUGUACAUCAAACAAUUGAAGUUGGCACCAAUACUGCUGCUACCUUGAAGGGCCAAACUGAUCAAAUGGGCCGUAUUGUUAAUGAGCUUGAUUCAAUUAAUUUUUCAAUUAAGAAAGCCUCCCAACUGGUUAAGGAGAUCGGUAGACAGGUAGCUACAGACAAAUGCAUCAUGCUUUUUCUGUUUCUUAUCGUCUGUGGUGUAAUUGCCAUUAUUGUCGUGAAGAUUGUGAAUCCCAACAACAAAGAUAUUAGGGAUAUCCCAGGAUUGGCGCCUCCAGUUCCCUCAAGGAGGCUUUUGUAUGUACGGACUGGGGAGCUUUUUGAUUAAUUCAUACAUUUGAACAAGAGUUUUCUCCACUCUAGUCCUACCAAGUACCAGCACCAGCAUGGUUCUUGUUCUAAUCGAUGGAAAUAUUAGAGGAUUGCUUUCUGGAGGCAUCAUUUUGAUCUUACCAGUUAUUCUUUCUUUUUUAAGAAUUCUUGCAUAUACUGUUUGUGAUUCUAUGUAAAUCAGAUGAGAGUCUUCUGCUUUUCCUUGAGUGCCACGUUUCUUCAUGUAACAUUCCAAAAAUUUAGGGCCAGAGAGAAAGUUAUACUCUACUGUGACAUUUGUGGUGUAUAUGUGUCCAAUUUAAAGGAGGUUCAUUCCCCUCCCUUUCCGUAUUUUUUUUGUGUGUAAUAUAUGCAUACAUUUUCAACCUGUCUGCCGGGUCAGUUUUGUAAAUUACAUUUAUUCAAUUAUGUUUUUGCAGCUGUUCA